CACGUGAUUGACUAUAGCACAUGGCUGUCUCUGACAAUAUUUUGGCGAUUUUUUUCUUUAUGCGAAUCCGUUUUGUGCAUUUUUUACGUAUUGUUUAUUUGUAUACUUUUACUUAUUCGGAUACCCAAUGUCUCUCUAAUGAACAAGCGAUGCAGGAAUGUAUUUUUGAUAAAGCCCGCUAGAGGGCUGAAUGUGCAGCUUUGUCGUAGUCUUGAGUUAUGCGGGGUUGGCGGAAUCAACACGAGGGAACAUUUGCUCGCGGUCCAGGACACGUAGUACGCAUUUCUGCAGAGGCACAGUAAAGCUGUCACUGUCCAGCGUCCAGUGUUGCUUGAGACACAGCCGCAGCUGAAACUUCCGCUCAGAGGCGCGAUUCAUUGUAGAAUUUGCUUCCUUUUUAGAAAAAAGGGUGUGAAGGCGAUUCGAGAUAACACUAUCUGUCUCCUGAUUUCGUUAUGUUUUCGAUCUAGCAGCUUUAUUCAUUCUAACGUAAGUUUUUCUGCACAACACAGUGGGACAUCAUGGCUGAGGAGGAGCUCAUGUUUAGUAUGGAGGAGGUGGUGGGAAGUCCUCGAGAUGGACCUGGGAAUGGAUGUGCUAAGAGUAGAGUGUCUUUCCAAGAUUGCAAUCCGAGGGAUGACGAAGAAGAUGACGACGACGACCUCCGUAUCUGCCCCAUCACUGACGACCCCAUAAGCCCGACCAAAGGCUUCUUCGAAUACCAAAACAACGACAUUUGCAACCAGCAGCUUUCUAAUUCGCUGCCCAAAAACUCCUUCACGUACAGGAACAAAAAUGAAACCGAGCAGGAUGGGCACACUGUCAGGUUCGGCUCUUUAACUGAGAAAGGCCGGGCAACUUGGAAACAUGCUAUUGAGAAAGCCAAAGCCAUGCCAGACCCUUGGGCUGAGUUCCAUCUGGAGGAAAUUGAGACAGAGCGCUGCACUCGAUACAGAUACAGCGCUGUUACUGGUGAAUGGGCAAAGGAUGACAUAUUUAUCAAGGUUUCUUCUCAGCCAUUUGGAAAAGGAGCUAUGAGAGAAUGCUUUAGAGCGAAGAAGUUGUCCAACUUUUCCCACAGCAGCAACUGGAAAUCGGCCUCUAACUACGUGGCUAAGAGAUACAUGGAGACCGUGGACAGAGAUGUUUACUUUGAGGAUGUGAGGUUACAAAUGGAGGCUAAAUUAUGGGGAGAGGAGUUCAAUCGCCACAGACCUCCCAAACAGGUGGACAUCAUGCAGAUGUGUGUUGUGGAAAUGACUAGUCGCCCUGGGAGCCCUUUGUUUCACCUGGAACACUACAUUGAGGGGAAGUACACAAAGUACAACUCCAACUCUGGUUUUGUGAGGGACGAUAACAUACGGCUUACACCCCAGGCAUUCAGUCAUUUCACAUUUGAGCGCUCUGGACACCAGCUGAUAGUGGUGGACAUUCAGGGUGUUGGGGACCUUUACACAGACCCUCAGAUCCACACUGAGAAGGGGACCGACUUUGGAGAUGGCAACCUAGGUGUGCGUGGCAUGGCUCUUUUCUUCCAUUCUCACCUGUGUAAUAAGAUCUGUAGGAGUAUGGGCCUCGCUCGCUUUGACCUGUCCCCUUCUGAAAUUGCACAACUGGACUGCACCAACAAAUUACUGCAGUCAGCUCAUACUGUCCUCCGUGGAUGUGAAGAGCAUUGUGGUUCGCCCAGGGUUCGGACGACCUCUCUCGGCCACAUGCCUGUGCUCCUCUCCCGGCUCUCUGAGACAUCCUCGGUUGAUGAAAGCAGUGACACAGACUCGGUUCCCUGUUCUCCACUUAGUAUGGGCAUCUCUGUAGGCCGAUCACCCAUGGGCUGGUCAUUUAUAAAUGAAAUGAAUGAGGCACAUCGGGCUAACGCAGAUCACAAGGACUCAGAGAAUGGAGGAGACAGUGGAUAUCCCAGUGAGAAACGCAGUGAAGGAGACUCAGUUGAACAUCACAGUCAGGGACGUCCUUUCUACAACAGACAUUACUCAGAAUCGGAUGAGGACAGUGUUCGUCGGCUCACAGAAGAAAAAUGGAGUUUUUACCAUUCGUCUCGCUCCCACAUACAUAGACCCUCUUGUGUGGCAAUGGAAGUAGAGAGACUUAACACUAUGCUUCUUGAAAGGAAGAUUGGUAAAUCCAUCCUGGGCAAGGUUCAUCUUGCCAUGGUUCGCUACCACGAGGCCGGGCGCUUCUGUGAGAAGGAUGCACCGUGGGACCAGAUUUCUGCGAUGUACCAUUUGGAAAGGGCUGCCAUGUGUGGGGAGCUUGAGGCUAUAGUUGCCCUUGGCCAAUGUUACCUUCAGCUCCCACAUCACAUUCUACCAGAGAUCGAAUUAGAGGCAUCUGAAGAAAACAGCAAGAAGGGUUUCCGCUUUCUGCUGCAGGCCGCUGAGGCAGGAGACCGGCCUAGUAUGAUCCUAGUUGCACGAGCGUUUGACACGGGUUUGAGCCUCCCUUCUGAUAGGGUCAUGGACUGGAAACACGCCGUGCACUGGUAUGACUCUGCCCUUAAGAUGACAGACUACGACGAAGGGGGAGAGUUCGACGGGAUAAAGGAUGAACCACGCUACCUUCUUUUGGCACGAUUGGCUGAGAUGUACCAGGAGGGAGGACACGACCUGGAUGCAGACCCCCAAAGAGCAGGUGAUCUUUUCACCGAGGCUGCUGAUGCCGCUAUGGAGGCCAUGAAGGGCAGACUGGCCAAUCAGUACUACAUGAAAGCAGAGGAAGCAUGGUCUAUGAUGGAAGAAUGAAAGUGCUGGUGUACAAAAAAAAAGCAUGAACACGGUUCUUAUUGUGCACCCAGCCCCUGUUUACAUGCUGUUUUCAAUGCCUUAUGUUUUCCUUGGGUCCCUUUGACUUGAAGAGAAAUAAUUUUGAUAUUGGAUCAGUUUUCUAAUGAAUGUAACAAGGGCAUACGCUGAUUCCAGAUCAGGGAUAUAAUGAGGUGCUAAAUACACAUACUAUCCUGGUUAAUUUUUCAUUAAGAAUAGAUGCACAGUGUCUGCCGCCUGUUCAGGUUGCUUCAUGGGAAUGCGUGCAUUACCUAUCAAUAAUUUCUUUUUCUUGUUUCCAAAAGGAAAACUGGAUGUUUCUUUAAUAAACAUGUUGUGACUGUUAAAAAUGACGUUACUGAUGAUUGGUUUUACUUCUGUAAAAUUAAUUUGCUUGUAUCGUUAGAUCUGAUGUCGAAGAUGUUGCUGUGAGUUUUAACCUGUUCUGUUUUGAUUGUCAAAAAGCUUUCAUAAUUCAUCAUAAUCAAGGAGUGCAGAAGUGAGCGUGAUAAUUUUUGCUGGCUAUUUUCAAAUGAGAACAAGAUUACAAAGAAAAAAACAAUAAACCAUUUUUAAAAA